AUGCCUACCACCGAAGAAUUGAAGCAUGUAUCUCUCAACGCCGAGAAGGACCUUAAUUCAUACCAGGCCAAGCAGGGCAGCGGCAAGAAGAGUGACUCAACUGCCGAGUCAGGUGUUGACGAGAUGGUCGAGCGGCGAUUCCCCCAGCCCACGAGUGUGAAGUACGGCCCUGGCUCAGCUGCCUCUGGUAGCGACCACCGUGUGAUUCCCGAGGAUGAGGGCGGCGUUCGUGAUGACCGCAACAGACUCGCUAAGGCUGGUCAGUUCGAGGGCCCUGGCGGCCCGGAAGACAAGGUCUAG